AUGGAUAUGCCUGGAGUGAACACUAUUAUUAUCCUGCCGACUUUUGAGUUGAUAGACAUGAGGCCUGUCAGAGAACGCUUGCUGUGCUGCGAGCUACGCAUUGCUUCUGCCGCUGAUACCAUAGUAAACAUUGAACACUUUGUCAAAAAGCCAAGUUCUGUUAAAGAAAGACGAGAUGGCUUCUCAGAUACAAAUGUCAAAUCUCUGACAAGCCCCGACCCGAAGCCAGACAUGAUUACAAGUGUGGUUGAUAUUGAACCCAGUGGCCAGCUCCUCUCCUACCUCGCUGUACCAUCCACUGUAUCACCCAACUUUGAACGCUUGGAAUACUCAAUGGACAAUAUGCACUCUACACCUGCAACCAGCUCAUGGGAAUUUCAACCACAGCCCCAACCACUAAUGACCUAUGGGGCUAUGGAAUGA